GCGGGUGUAUGAUUUUUUGUGUUUUUUGAUAGCUGCUGUGGCUUGGAAUUGGAUAUUCUUAUUAUGGAUUUUGCCCUUGUAUGCUCCCCAGGCCGCCGGGAUCGGGAUCGGCAUUUUCAAAUCGCGACGGAACUGCGCCCAUCGAGGAUCACAGUAUGGUGUCCUCCAUCAUCGUCGAAACACGUGGGAGACUUGGCGUCGACAUGCAAGGGGAGGAGGGCUGGGGAUCUCUCGCCACGUGUCACCGACGAUACCAUCACCGGCGGUCGCCGCCAUCGCCGAUUGAUUGGUGAAGAGGGCCGGGGUCUCUUCUUCUCGGCAUCGACGAGCGAGCAGCAGCAGCAGCAACAGCAGCCAUCGGGGUGCCACUAUCGAGGUACCGACGAGGCAAGCAUGUCCGGAUCCCAACCGGCAUAUUAUGAUGCCAGUCGGAGAGAGCAGAGGUCGGGUCUGGCGCCGAAAAUGGGUGCGGGGGGGGAGGAGGGUCGUCCGUCCCCCCGGUGCCAGUUCUGCAGGUUUGGCGGUCUAGCAAGCUUGUCGAUGCUAACUGGCGAUGGCUGCUCGAGGGUGAGCGGGGAUAAGACGAAGACGAAGACGAAGCUGAGCUGCAGCAGCAGCAGCGAUGGCGGCGGGCAUCAGGGCUUGAUGGGGUGGUUAGCAAGAAGCGGGUUGAUGGUGAAUUGCGCGGCAAGGAACCGCGAUGGAGAUGGAGCCUCUAGUCAUCCAACACAGGCGAGAGGAGGAGGUUUCUUCUGGAGAGCUGAGGGGAGGCGGAAGGAGGAAGAGGAAGAGGAGGAGGUGGUGGUGGAUUCUCUGCCACCAUCAUCGUCGCGACGCCGACAUCGCUGGCAACAAGAGAGGGGCAGGAACGGCAGCGGCCUGAUUCAAUUCGUCAAUACGUCGUCUUCUGUCUCCUCCUCCUCUUCCUCCUCCUCGUUUGCAGAUCAAGCGGCAAAGAAGAAGAAGAAGAAGCAGAGGGAGGAGCAGCAGGAAGGGGAAGGUGUCACGUGGCGAACGGUCCUUGUUGGCGCCAUAGCUGGAGGUACCGCGGGUGUCAGCGUCGAGACCUUGCUUUACCCCAUCGAUACGAUCAAGACGAGGCUGCAAGCUGCCAGGUCAGGGGGGGGCAUCGUUUUCAAGGGCUUGUAUUCUGGAUGGGCGGGAAACUUGAUUGGGGUGAUUCCCGCGUCGGCGCUAUUUGUGGGGGUGUACGAGCCGGCGAAGCAGAAGCUUCUGGAAGUUUUCCCGCCACAUCUGUCCUCCGCUGCUCAUCUGACGGCCGGGGCACUCGGCGGUGCCGCCGCGUCACUGGUCCGGGUCCCGACUGAAGUCGUUAAGCAGCGCAUGCAAACGGGACAGUUCGCUUCUGCCACGGGCGCUGUCAAGGGUAUUCUUGCAAAAGAGGGGUUCAAAGGGCUGUAUGCGGGAUUUGGCUCGUUCCUCCUAAGAGAUCUGCCAUUCGAUGCAAUGCAGUUCUGUAUGUACGAGCAGCUGAAGUUAGGGUUAAAGAGUCUGGCAAGGAGAGAACUGCGCGACGAGGAGAUGGCGGUGAUCGGUGCCGUGUCGGGGGCUCUGACUGGGGCCAUCACGACCCCCCUGGACGUGAUUAAGACCAGGCUCAUGGUCCAAGGAACGUCCUCGCAGUACCGAGGAGUAGCAGACUGUAUCGCGACCGUGUGGAGAGAAGAGGGACCCCAUGCCUUCAUGAAGGGGAUUGGGCCCCGAGUACUAUGGAUUGGAAUAGGGGGGUCCAUCUUCUUUGGGGUGCUAGAGAAAACAAAAGCCGCCCUUGAUAAAAUGCACACACCCCUUGUUGUAAUCCAAGAACCUGUAGAGGCUUGAUCCACCCAUCAGGUUUAUUUUUUUUUGGGGGGGGGGAG